UCUUCUGUGAACCUUCUCUCUUCUCUCUCUCUCGGAAACACUUUCUCUCUCUAGGCACUCACAUUCAUUCUUUGCUUCGCCCUUUUUAUUCACGAGAUCCCCAUCUCUCUCUCUCUUUCUCUUUCCCUUUCGAUGCCUUUGAUCAGAGUAUCUAAUCCUCCAUUCGUCGUCUUCUCCAUCUCCGGUCUCCUCCGUCUCCAUUGACGGCCAUUGCUCUUAAUUCUUCAUCGGAGUGAAAACCCUAACUGGCUAAUACCCAGAAACCUCCAUUAGGGUUUCCUUCGAUUUUCACUGAUUUCGUUUUUCUUCGCCGGUAAAUUAAAAAAAAUGUCGCAGUCGGGUAAACCGAUUCGUGAAUCUGACAAUCGUUUGAGCUCCGAGAUCAAUAAACCGGAUUUCCGUGAACUGGAUCUUGGUUCGCCGGUUUCUCCGCUUCGUUCUCAGCCACGUGGACUCACCACCACCACAACCACCACAAGUAGUAGCAGCUCCAGCUCCUCCGGAUCUGUAACGGGUCGGGUUAGACAUGCUCCGGUUAUCGGAAGAUCCGAUUCGGUUCGCGGUAGCCAAUCCGGUUCGAGCAGUGGGAAUCUAAGAACGAGUCAAGCUAGAUCGGACUCAGUUACUUCGAAUUCACAGCCACUCGUCUCCUCCUCUAGCCAGAGCUCCGCUACUUCUCCGGCUCCGACGCCGGCGAAUGUACUUCCUACCGGAAACAUUUGUCCCUCCGGUAAGAUCCAAAUCACCGGAAUGACACAAAGCCGCUCGAGAAGCGACGUUCUCGGAUCUGGAACAGGAACGUACGGACACGGAAGCAUAAUGCGAGGCGGAGGAAGCAGUGUAUCUCCGGCGAAACCCACCGGAGGAGGAUCUCCGAGACAAGCAUCGAAUUCGCCGGUAACUGUCGGUGGCUCUAGUAGAAGUAGUCCCGUCGCAGGAGAAACACUAUGGAAGAAAGCGAUUUUAGGUUCGGAUGCAGAGGAAGUGAAGAGAGUAGGGAACGAAAUGUACAGGAAAGGUUUGUUCAGUGAGGCUUUGAAGCUGUACGAGAGAGCAAUAGCUUUAUCACCGACAAACGCGGCUUACCGGAGCAAUCGAGCCGCCGCAUUGACGGGUUUGUCUCGAAUCGGCGAAGCUGUCAAGGAGUGUGAAGAAGCUGUGAGAUCGGAUCCAAACUAUGCAAGAGCUCAUCACCGUUUGGCCUUAUUGCUUAUUAGAUUAGGUCAGGUUAAUAGUGCAAGGAAGCAUCUUUGUUUUCUUGGGAAACCAUCAGAUACCAUGGAGUUGCAGAAGCUUGAAGCAGUGGAAAAACAUAUGAGCAAAUGCGCAGAUGCGCGAAGGCUCGGUGAUUGGAAAACUGUUUUGAUGGACGCAGAUGCAGCUAUUGUUUCUGGAGCAGAUUUGUCUCCUCAACUAGUUAUGUGUAAAGUAGAAGCACUCUUGAAACUUCACCGGCUUGAUGAUGCCCAAACAAAGCUAUUAGAAGUUCCUAGAGUAGAGCCGUUUCCUGUAUCUUGUUCGCAGACUCGGUUUUCUGGUAUGGUCUGUGAAGCCUAUACAUAUUUUGUCAGAGCUCAAAUCGACAUGGCUUUAGGAAGGUUUGACAAUGCAGUUAUGGCUGCGGAGAAAGCUAGCCAAAUCGAUCCACGAAGCAACGAAGUUGCUAUGUUACAUAAUACUGUUACAUUGGUUGCUAGGGCUCGUGCUCGUGGUAACGAUCUAUAUAAAUCAGAAAGAUACACGGAAGCAAGCUCAGCAUAUGCAGAAGGCCUUAAGCUUGAUCCUUGCAAUGCUAUUCUAUACUGUAACCGGGCAGCUUGUUGGUUUAAACUUGGAAUGUGGGAACGCUCAAUUGAAGAUUGUAACCAGGCGCUGCGUUUCCAACCAAGUUACACAAAGCCACUUCUUCGUAGAGCUGCCUCAAAUAGCAAGAUGGAGCGAUGGGCAGCUGCAGUGAGUGAUUAUGAAGCCUUGAGAAGGGAACUACCUCAUGACAAGGAAGUUGCUGAGUCUUUAUUUCACGCUCAAGUCGCAUUGAAGAAAUCUCGCGGAGAAGAAGUUUUGAAUAUGGAAUUUGGUGGUGAAGUUGAGGAAGUUUAUAGCCGUGAACAGUUUAAAGCUGCCAUGAAUCUACCAGGGGUUUCGGUUAUCCAUUUCUCGACAGCCUCUGAUCAUCAAUGCAAGCAAAUAUCUCCAUUUGUGGACUCGCUGUGUACUCGUUACCCAUCUAUACACUUCCUCAAGGUGGACAUCGAUAAAUGUCCUUCGAUAGGUAAUGCAGAGAAUGUGAGGGUUGUACCGACAGUGAAGAUAUACAAGAACGGUACUCGGGUAAAGGAGAUUGUCUGUCCAAGCAAAGAAGUGUUGGAGUACUCAGUGAGGCACUAUAGCGGUUAAACCUCAAAAACCCACUCUUUUUUUUUUUCACUCUUCUACAACUCCUCAUUACCCUCAAGAAACUUCUCAAUAACCUCACUUUAACUUCCUAAGAUGCUUCAUUUACCAGGGAACCCAUUAGUGUAGAGUUUCAGCUCAUUAUGAUUUGUUCAUUCAUUCCCCUCUUCAUUGCCCUGUGAUCUUGUAUCUGUCUGUGCUCUGUUCUGUCUUAUUCUUCCCUACUUCCAUUCAUUUUUCUCUACAGAUUGAGAUUGCAUUGGCUCCUUCUUCUUCUUCUACUACUACUUUUAGCUUCACUUGUUUAGAUAUUAAGAUAUGUUACUGGUUGGAGAUUACUCCGUGUACAUAAUAAGAGAAGUUCAGAUGCGAGUGAAGAAGGGUCUUACUAAAAAGGGCAAAAGAGGAAGAUUUCGAUUCUUCAUUUCAAUUCUCUUUUUUUUUUCUUUGUUACUUUUAGUUUUAGCUUAGUGAAACCAAGAAGAAAGUGAACCACCUUGUCAUUUCAACUCUCCUCUUUUUCACAACAAUUUCAUCAAUAAAGAUAAUUUUUUUAAA